AAGAGGUCUGACCCCAAUUUUUCCCCCCCUCCGUCAGUCGGUCCCCACGUGAGCUCUGUUCCUUGAAUGCUCAUGGUGCACCUCCAAUCGAACUACAAACAUAAUCCAAUGGCGCUCUGUUAAGGAGGAUGAUGUAAAGAGUAGGAGUUGGGAUUUUGAGGCUCCGCAAGUGGAACGGGCAAUUUUUCUAUCACUGUCCAGUUGCAGAACACAACUUUCGACGACGUCUUCAAUCUUCCGGAGAGUGUGGGAAAUUAUGGAACAUGUGAAUGAUGAAACUUUUUCGGAGUUCGAUAAUGAUAAUGUGGCAGAGAAUACCAACCGGGUGGAAGAAGAAACAUUAGGACACAAUGGGCUAAUUGUGCCUGAGGUGGGUAUGAUUUUCAAUGGUGAGGAUGAAUUGCUUGACUUCUACAAGAGAUAUGCCUAUGAUGUUAGUUUUCCAAUUCGGAAAAGAAACUCAAAAAAGGGAGACAAUGGACAAUUGAAAUAUUUGACCUUGACAUGUAGUUGUGAGGGCUGAAGAACGAGCAAUGCAAGAGGUUCUUUAAAUCCACAACCACUCAGUCGGACAGAUUGUAAAGCACGGAUAUCUGCUUCUUCAGAUAGUCACGGUAUGUGAAAAAUUAACACAAUCCACCUUGACCAUAAUCAUAGAACCAGCCCUUCCAAGUCAAGGUUAUAUCGAUGCAACAGAGAGUUGAAUGUAAAUGUGAAACGAAGACUUGAAGCGAAUGACUUGGCAGGAAUUCCGUUACACAAAAGUUUUAACUCUGCAGUUUUUGAAGCUGGGGGAUAUGAGAAUAUGAGGUAUCUGGAAAAAGACUGUAGAAAUUAUAUUGAACAAGUGAGGCGAUUGCGACUGGGAGAAGGAGAUGUGGCAGCAAUACAUGUUAUUUUUCAAAAAUUCAGGUACAAUACAAUGGUUUUUACUUCAGUAUGGAUAUAGGCGAUGAGUCUCGCCUGAAAAAUGUCUCCUGGUCUGAUAGUAGGUAUAGGCAGGCAUACAUGGAGUUUGGCGACGUCUUCACAUUCGACACAACUUAUCUCAUUAACAAAUAUGGCAUGCCAUUCGCACCUUUUGUUGGUGUGAAUCAUCACAGUCAAUCAACAUUAUUUGGUUGUGGGUUGUUAUCGAACGAGAAUACAAAUACCUUUGUAUGGCUGUUUAGGACGUGGCUCGAGUGCAUGCGCGGUAAAGCUCCGCAUGGAAUAAUUACCGAUUAGGAUAGAGCCAUGCAGAAUGCUAUUGAGAUCGUUUUCCCAGAUACAAAACACAGGUGGUGUUUGUGGCACAUUUUGAAGAAGUUGUCGGAGAAGUUUGGCUACCAUGUUGAUAAAGCUUCCAUAUUUUCAGCUAUACAUCACCUGGUGUGUAAUUCACAAAAUAUCGAAGAAUUUGAGGCAUGUUGGAAAGAGAUGAUACAGACGUAUGAGUUGACAGAUAAUGAAUGGUUGUCGGGGUUGUAUGUUAAUAGAAGUCGAUGGGUUCCUUCCUUUUUGAAAACGACUUUCUGGACAGGGAUGUCCACAAUGCAACGUAGUGAGAGUAUGAAUGCGUUCUUCGAUGGUUAUGUCCAUUCAAAGACAUUACUGAAGCAGUUUGUGGAGCAAUAUGAAAGAGCACUAAGAAGUAAGGUUGAAAAGGAGUUCUAGGAUUUCAGGUCGUAUUCGCAGAUUGUACCAUGUGCUACGAAUUAUGACAUUGAAAAGCAUUUUCAGUUAAUCUAUAGCAUAUUGAAAUUCAGGAAGAUUCAAGAAAAGUUCAAGGGGAAGGUCUAUUGUGACCUCAUACCUGUGUCAGAGGGAUCUUCUGGAACCACAUAUGAAGUACAUGAGGAUGUCCUUUAUCAAGAGCAGCGGAAGAAGAAAUCUUUUUUGUCUCGUUUCAGAGACAGACGUCCGAGUUUAUAUGUAGCUGCCACUUGUUCGAGUUUUGUGGUAUUAUUUGCAGACAUACGAUUGCAGUAUUAAUUCGUAACGCUGUCGCACAGUUGCCUAAACAUUAUACCCUGCGAAGAUGGAGAAGAGAUGUCAGUACAGCUUACAUGAGGGUUGUGGUGAAUUAUGCUGGUCUUGUCAAUGUUCCUGGACAGUUAAGGUACGACAGUAUGGUCCAUGCUUUUGCAGAGUGGCUGACCUUGCUGUAGAUGACGAAUCGGACACGUGCGAUAUUGGACUUGAUAAAAUUGCAAGCGAAAGAGAUGAAGUCAACAAAAUCUUAUUCUGGAAGGAAUAUCGUUUCAUUGCAAACAGCGCAUUUAUCCGCUCAGUGUCCUCCUUCGUAGACUUCUGCGGACGAGAUCAUACGAGAUCCGAAUGUGGUAAAGAAAAAGGGUGCACCCCGAAGGCUUCGGCGGAAAAGUCCAUUGGAGUUAACGUCAAAGAAAUCGGGGGCAAGUUCGACAUCACACAAAGGAAAGAGACCGCGAGCGAGGCACGGAAAUAGUGACAUGGCUGGACCUACCUUUGUGGCUUCACAGGAACAUAAUUCCCCGCACAUUCACUUCUCUUAUCCACAGCCGUUGUUGGUGAGUGCCUUCAUUAAAUUAACAUUUAUUGUGCUCUGUGUUACUGAAGUUCUUUUUUAUGCGGGGCAAUACCGAAAGUAAUGCAUUCACGCCACACUUGCCAACGUCUACUAUAACCCCACCGCUGUCAACAAGUGUCACAUUCAAUCCGCAAGGUGACGAUGAGGAUAAUUCAUUACAUUUCCGUACUCUUCAACUACAUAUACUAAUUUUUGUAUUGUUUGACAGGUCAUCCGUUUCCGUACUACUAUGCACACAUUCCACCACAAGAUGGUCCGACCUCAUGAAUGUGUGGAAGGCUUCAACUGCGACAAAUGGGUUAACGGAUGUUCAAGGUUUAGUGGGCCGUACAAGUGGUUUUGAUGGCCAAAAUGAAGAACAUUAAAUGUAUGUACAAGUGGUUUUGCUAGCCAACUCCAACUCAUGAAAAAACAUAAGUCUUGUAUGUAUUUGUUAUUAUAUCGUGACAUGUUUUAGGGCUUAGGGUAGUACCUGGUGGAUUUUAUGGCAUGUCUUGGUUAAGCAGUUUUGUGACAGGUUUUACACUUUUGGAGCACUUAUAAAUUGGCUAUAUUUGUCUU